CAGAGCUCAGAGCUGAGAGCGCAGCAGAGUGGAGAGAGAGAGAGAGAGAGAGAGAGAGAAAGAGGGAUUUACUUCGCAGUUACAGAGUAGGAGAGAAAGAGAGAGAAAAAACAGGAAAGACAAAACAGAGGAUAUUAAUAAGAAUUAAUAAAGAGCGCGUGGAAGAAAAAAAAGAUUUGGAUUUAUCUGCAAUUAGAGAAAUAAAAACUAAAGGAAAUAGAAGACUGAGAGAAGAAAAGCAGAAACCCGCGUGCCGGAUUGUCUAUGUUUCCUCUGUGUGGAGUUUACACGCGCACUGACGUGGAGUUUGUGUUGCUGUUGUCUUGUUUGUGUUAUGUACCUGUUAUACGCGCUUAUAACGGAUAUGUGCGCUGCACGCGCUGCGAGCGGGACGCGGUGUGGUGCGUGCGGAGCUCGGGGCGCGCGCUGGAGCAUCUUUCUGCACGUCUGUAAAAGAGAAAAAGAAGAGAGAGAGGGAUGAAUAAAUAAUUUAAAAAGCACGGUGUUUUUUUAAUAUAACUUUUUAGAUUUUUUUGGGAACGAUGGUGAUGAUGUGGUUAUUAAUGGCACUUUUGGCUGGAGCACAUGCGCAGUUGCGCUACACGGUGCCGGAGGAGCAGGAGCGCGGCACAGUGGUGGGUAACGUGGCUGAGGACCUGGGGUUAGACGUCACCAAGCUGUCUGCACGCCGCUUCCAGACGGUGCCGGUGCCAAGCUCCUCGCGCACGUCUCCAGCUCCGGCACUGCUCGAGGUGGACCUGGAGAGCGGAGCACUGGUGGUGCGUGAGCGUGUGGACCGAGAGGAGCUGUGUGGCAGGAGUACUCCAUGCCUCUUACACCUGGAGAUGUUCCUCGAGGAGCCGCUCGAGCUUUUCCGUGUGGAGACAGAGGUGCUGGAUGUGAAUGACAACGCUCCACGGUUUCCACGCGCCGACAUUGCUGUGGAGAUCAGCGAGAGUGCCACGCCUGGAACACGCUUCCCUGUGGACGGUGCCUUCGACCCAGACGUGGGCACAAACUCGCUGAGCGCGUACGCCAUCACGAGCAACGAGCACUUCCGCCUGGACGUACAAACGCAAGGUGACGGGAGCCGGUACGCUGAGCUGGUGCUGGAGAAACCGUUAGAUCGAGAGAAGCAGGCAGUGCACCGGUACGUGCUCACAGCCGUAGACGGAGGACAGCCUCAGCGGACUGGAACUGCGCUGCUGGUGGUUACCGUGCUGGAUUCAAACGACAACCCGCCCAUCUUCGACCAGUCUGUGUACUCGGUCACGCUGCGUGAGAACUCCCCCGUGGGCACGCUCGUCAUCCAGCUGAACGCCACUGAUGCAGACGAGGGCACUAACGGGGAGGUGGUGUACACGCUUAGCAAUCAUAACCCACCACGCGUACGUGAACUGUUUGCCGUUGAUGCACGCACAGGCCGUGUGGAAAUCAUAGGGGAGGUGGAUUAUGAGGAGAGCAGCACGCAUCAAAUUCACGUCCAGGCCCGAGACAUGGGGCCGAACGCGGUCCCGGCACAUUGUAAGGUCCUGCUCAAGCUGGUGGAUGUAAACGAUAAUGCACCUGAGAUCGGAUUCAGCACUGUGACGGAGUCUGUUAGCGAACGUGCCACUCCUGGCACUGUAGUCGCCAUGCUGAGCGUCUCUGACAGAGACUCAGGUGAGAAUGGGCGUGUUACCUGUGAGCUUCUCGGCGGUGGAGAGAGCGAGGAUGCUCCGCCCUUCAAGCUAAAGCCUUCCUCACUGAAGAACUACUACACCGUGGUGACGGAUGGAGCGCUGGACCGUGAGCACGUGGAGUCAUACACACUUACAGUGGUAGCGCGAGAUAAUGGCACGCCACCACUGACCACCAGCAAGUCCAUCCGCGUGCGUGUGGCAGACGAGAAUGACAACGCGCCACGUUUCGCACAGGCCGUCUAUGAGGUGCAUGUGACUGAGAACAACGUGCCUGGUGCGUAUAUCUAUGCUGUGACUGCGACAGAUGCGGACACUGGCGAGAACGCACGUGUCACUUACUCUAUAGAGGAGCGUGAGAUCCAGGGCAUGUCCGUGCUGACAUACGUGUCCAUCAACGCAGAGAAUGGCUACGUGUAUGCACUACGCAGCUUUGAUCACGAGCAAAUCAAGGAGUUUAGCUUUACAGCACGGGCAACAGACUGUGGGACUCCGGAGCUUACGUCAAACGCCACCGUGAGGGUGAUUGUGGUGGACCAGAAUGACAAUGCACCAUCUGUGAUCGCACCACUGGGGAAAAACGGUACAGCAGCACGCGCCCCCUUGCCCCGAUCAGCGGAGCCAGGCUACCUGGUGACACGUGUGAUCUCCACAGAUUUGGACGAUGGUGAAAACGCACGUCUCUCAUACAGCAUUGCACAAGGAAAUGACCUCGGCCUGUUCCGUAUGGACUGGAGGAGUGGUGAAUUGCGCACUGCACGUCGAGUGACUGGCGGGAAAAGGGACUCGACGCUGCAGUCCCAGCUUCACCCUCGUGCCUAUGAGCUACUGAUCGAGGUGAGGGACCACGGGCAGCCACCGCUCUCCUGCUCUGCCCGCAUUGAUGUGGUGCUCGUGGACGGCGCUGCAGUGACCCUGGAUGAGGAAGGAGGAGAGAAGGAGGGUAGAGGAGCGCGCGGCGGGGCCCGAGGCUCGGCCCGAUCUGAUGAGGGAGCACCAGAGAUGACGCUCGUGCUCCUUGUGGCACUUGGUUCCGUAUCAUCUGUAUUUCUACUCGCCAUGAUCGCGCUGGCUGUGCGUUGCCGCCGGAAGGACAAAAAAUUCAGUGCACUCACAUGCGUGACAGGAGACUGCUGUUCCAGUUGUGGCUCGUGUUGCGGCCGGCGGUCACGUGGACGGCAGAAGAAGCUCACCAAGUCGGAUAUCGUGCUGGUGCAGAGCAAAACGGCAGCGCAGGUGCCUGUGGAGGAAUCCGGGACCGGGGGCAGCGGUGCAUUCGGCACACACCUUCAUCAACACCAUCACCACUGCUACCAGGUGUGCCUCACACGCGAGUCUGCCAACACCACUGACCUGAUGUUCCUGCAGCCGUGUUGCAGCCCGUCACGCAGCACCACGGACACGGAGCACAGCAGCACUGCACGUGGAGCCGCCGCUGUCCUUCUUACUGACCAGCAACCAGACAUCAUUUCCAACGGCAGUGUCCUGUCUGGAGAGAUAAAACAUCAGAGGACAGAACUCAGUUACCUUGAUAGACCACGUCGUGUUAACAGUUCUGUCUUUCAGGAGGAUAUAGUGAGCUCUAAAGACAGUGGUCAUGGAGACAGUGAGCAGGGAGACAGCGACCACGACGCUACAAACCGUCUGCACUCCUCCGACCUGUUCUCGAACUGUACAGAUGAGUGUAAAGCUCUCGGACACUCGGACCGUUGCUGGAUGCCCUCAUUUGUCCCUGGCGAUGGUCGCCAUGGUGCUGAUUACCGUAGCAACCUGCAUGUCCCGGGGAUGGAUGCAGUGAUGGACGGAGAGGUAGAGACGAGCGCGUCCACCGAGGACGAUCCGUCUUUCUCCACAUUUGGGAAAGACAGAUCACACCACCACGGCACACACACGUCUCACACACACUCCUAUCUGUCGCGUAAGAAGAUUUCCUAGCACGUUCUGCGCAGACGUGGCAUCAGAAACGUAGUGAGCUCCGGAGCGACUCGAAACCUCCUCACGUGUGAUUACACUUUUAUUUUUAUUCUCGUUUGGGUGGUUUUUUAAUUUUCACACCAAAACUGAAAUGCUGGACUGAAAGCGUGCUCAGCAGGACUGAGGGAAAAAAACGCUUCUCUAAAAAUACAGGGGGAAAAAAAGACAGGAGGACAGAAGGAACAGAGGAAGAGAGGAACAAAGCGGACUGAUAAAGAUGGAUGGAAAGAUGGAAGAAAAAAAAUCUCUGGACAUGGACAGAUUUACUCUCUCUGUGAAACAUGUCUUUCUCUCAGACCACAAAGUGACUAAUCUGAGCCCUUUAGCUCUCUCUCUCUCUCUCUCUCUCUCUCACACACACACACACACACACACACACACAGCUUUGUAUAAAGUGCAGCCCAAAAUGUCUCUCCUGCCAAUUCUUACUUUAAUCCGCAUUUUUCUAUUUUUCUUUUCCUCCAUUUUACACAUCUCUCUCUCUCUCUCUCUCUCUCUUAUUUUUUCUUUAAUUCUCUCUCUCUUUCGCUCUCUAGAGAGAGAGAUAGAGAGAUGUUUAUAGACUAGCUUUCCAGUCAUGGGAAAAAAUUAAAAAUGGGAAAAAUCCUGGACCAGUGUGAAAUCUGGCUACUUGGAAGUUCCGUAUUUUUCCCGCAUGUCUGGAAUGCUGAUAGAUUUGGGAUUUUUCUGGGUUUAGGUGUUUAAUUGUUUUUUUUAUUCUACUCUCCUUUUCCUGGUGCCUUUCGGAUAAAUCCCAGUUUAAUCAGUUUCAUUAUUAUCCGUCUUCCCCACAGUGAUGUCUGCUUGUUUCCGCUCCUCAUCCCUGAUCCACGCAGAAACCUCGAUAAUGAAGUUCGACUCGAUCCCCAGUGGCUUCGUCUGCGUCUGUGUUCAGAGUAGAGUUUAGUUCAUAGUGAGGAUUUAAAGUUGAAACGACUCACAGCAGUAUUCAGAUUGAACACUGCUGCGCUGCCCAGAGUACAGAAAGUCCUGGUACUGGAUUAGUAAUGAGCUCGAACAGUUCACUUAAUAUGUGUCUCACUCAGACACGCCCAUCUGUCACUCAGACACGCCCAUCUGUCACUCAGACACGCCCCUCUGUCUCACUCAGACACGCCCAUCUGUGUCCCUCAGACACGCCCCUCUGUGUCACUCAGACACGCCCGUCUGUCUCACUCAGACACGCCCAUCUGUCUCACUCAGACACGCCCCUCUGUCUCACUCAGACACGCCCGUCUGUCUCACUCAGACACGCCCCUCUGUGUCACUCAGACACGCCCCUCUGUGUCACUCAGACACGCCCCUCUGUCUCACUCAGACACGCCCCUCUGUGUCCCUCAGACACGCCCGUCUGUCUCAUUCAGACACGCCCGUCUGUCUCAUUCAGACACUCCCACCUGUCUCCCUCAGACACUCCCAUCUGUCUCACUCAGACACGCCCACCUGUCUCCCUCAGACACUCCCACCUGUCUCACUCAGACACUCCCACCUGUCUCACUCAGACAUGCCCACCUGUCUCACUCAGACACUCCCACCUGUCUCACUCAGACACUCCCAUCUGUCUCACUCAGACACUCCCACCUGUCUCCCUCAGACACUCCCACCUGUCUCCCUCAGACACUCCCACCUGUCUCCCUCAGACACUCCCACCUGUCUCACUCAGACACUCCCACCUGUCUCAUUCAGACACCCCCCCCUGUCUCCCUCAGACACUCCCACCUGUCUCACUCAGACACGCCCGUCUGUCUCAUUCAGACACUCCCACCUGUCUCACUCAGACACGCCCGUCUGUCUCAUUCAGACGCUCCCACCUGUCUCACUCAGACACGCCCGUCUGUCUCAUUCAGACACUCCCACCUGUCUCACUCAGACACGCCCGUCUGUCUCAUUCAGACAUGCCCAUCUGUCUUGGACACGCCCCUCUGUCUCACUCAGACACGCCCGUCUGUCUGUGGUUUAAAGUCUGACCCUUUCAAUAUUUAAGGCCAGAUAAUAGCUGUUUGAGAGGUUGGACUGUGUGAAGGGUUACGAGGGGUCAUUGGGGG